AUGCUGGUCAAGAACUCUCUUUUGCUCGCUGCGGCUCUGACCGCUGGCUCGGCUGCCGCCCGCAUGCACGGCCAUGAGCGCCGGCACGCUCACCACAAGGCCCAGAUGGAGCCCAUUGUCGAGGUCGAGAAGCGUGCUGUCGGCGAUGUCGUCCACGCCGUGAUCGACGGUGUCCUUCAGACUUGGAUCAACGAGUGGUCUGGCGAGAGCGCAACCAGCUCUGCUACCACCUUCGCCGUUGCCACCUCUGCGCCCACCACCAUCGUCUCUGUCCCCACUAUCACUGCGGCUCCCACCCACUCCCAGGCUCCUAGUGCCAUCGAGUCCAUGGUCCCUGCUCAUACCGCCACUCCUGGAUCCAGCGGCUCAUGGUCUGACCUCCCCGCCAACGGCCAGUACACUCGUGCUGGAUUUGGCGUCAACAACUGUGACAAGUCUCAGGAUGGCGCCCUUGGCGUAAUGUGGAGUGGCAACACCGGUCUACCCUGGGGUAGCAACAUCAUUGAGGUGGAGGAGAAUGUCGCCAACCAGUACAAGCACGUCGUCCGCUUUGAGGGCAGUGAGAGUGAUGACUGGACUGUUGUCGUCUGGAACAAGAAGGGUCCCGAUGGAAAGAUGGAUGGCUUCUUCCACCCCAACAAGGCCUUGACCUUCACUGUAGGUGCCGGCCAGGUCAAGUAUGUCGCCAUUGAUACCGAUUCCACUGGUGGCUGGGCCGCCUGGAAGGGCGAUGAGAUGCCUCUGAGCCAGUACGGUAGCUAUGCCGCCACCUGGGGUGAAUUCACCAUGCGCGACUCCCCGAACUUCACUUCUUGGGAUGUGUCUUGCAUCCAGGCCCAGAACGCUGGCAAGGAGAUCCAGGGUAUGCGCAUCUGCCAGCACGAUGGCUCAACCUGCUCCACCAUCACCAAGAACAUGGGCACUGUGCAGGAUGCCUACACCUCUGCCGAGACCGAUAUCAACGGCAUUGGUGGCAAUGUCAAGGUUGAGGCCAUCCGUCUGGUUGUCAACCUCGACUAUGCUUAG